AUGAACACUUGGCUAUUGCUAUUGCUAUUUUCUUUAUUAUUUCAUUCAACUUAUGAGAAAAGAUUCUCGAAAAAGAAACCGAAGAUUGAUAAAGAUGUGAAAAAAGAGACACCUGCACCUGAAAUUGAUGUGAUUGAAGAAGAAGAAAAGAGUGAAUUCGAAGAUAUUUGCCCCUUCCCUUGGCAAAGCCACGAGCAAAACAUCUUGGCCACAUUUGCUCAGUGUCGAGAAUUCGAACACGAGGGAGUCAAAUGUACUCCACACGAUCCAAUUGAAUGCACUGGAAGGAAUCCUGCUUGUGUUUUUUCAAAGAUGACUGACGAUUAUCGUUGUUGCUCGGAUGUGCCUCAGGAUUUGAGUAGUCCGCCGGGAGUGCCUGAACAAGUGAAACCAAUUUGUCCUUAUGGUGCCACUUCCUAUGAUAUCCCGUCCGUUCUUCUCUGUGAUCCAACCGAAGAAAAAUCAUGUCCAGACGAGUACACAUGUGAACAAGCUGUCAAUAGUCAAAUGCUUUCCACUUACAAUAUGCAUCUUUGCUGCAAAACAACGGCUUUAGAUUCGUUUGAGAAUGUUUUCUAUGAGACAAAAGUUGGGAUCAACAAAGAGCCGGUCACACUGAAGAAAAUUUCAUUACUGAGAGACCAAUUUCCGGGAUACUUUCAUCACGUCUUGUUGCUUUACAAUCCACACGGAAAUCCGGAAUCGAUGAAUUUCUACUACAAUCGUGCGUCAACGUUGAGCCGUGAUGUCGAUUUAUCAGUGGCCCCAUGGGAUGAGGGCGUAUUCUUUAGAAGCAUCAACCGCGUGAUGACAAUCACCAACGACAAGGUGUCAACGAAGCAGACGAGAAAACUCUACAUUGUGCUCGUUUUUAAAACAAAACAACGGCUGACGAGGAGACAUCCACAAACAUGGCAGGAUCUUCACGCAAAUUACACAUCAUUCACAGAAUUUCUUACUACUCCAACAGGGAAAUUGUUGGGCACACCCGAAGCUGGCUCGUAUUUCUAUAUGACCAAA